ACAUUCAGGGAAUUUAAAUUUUGUCAGUUAGUUUCCCUUGCUGUCAUCGAAAAAAAAACACGUGGGGAGUGACCAUUCAAAACAAUUUUUUCUGUAACUGUAUUAAUCAAUUUUGUGAUAUUAUGGACAUUCUGACUCGUCCUGCCGAAGAAUUCGAAAAUGACCAAACUUUGGAAACAAUGUGGGCAAUAAAGGCCUAUGAGCAUGCAGAAAUCUACUUUAAUAUUUUAUGUUCAGUUGACCCGAAAUACCUCAAACUGACGCCAAUAGACAACAUAAUUUAUAAGGAAUUUCGCGACGAAUUUCCACAUUUGCGAAUAAACAUUAUCAACGAAAAUGAACUGAAAAGUGAGAAAAGUAAAGCCAAAUGGCGACCUUUUUGUGAAAAGUUCAAAAAGUGUGUUGAAGACUACAGUUUUGGGACUUUAUUACGCAGUGAUGCAUCCAAGGACUACACAGAAGACAACACAAUGCUAGUGACACGAAUUCAGUUCUAUGCUAUUGAAUUGGCCCGAAAUCGGGAAGGGGUCAAUGAUAACUUGCGUAAAUAUUUUCCAAAAAUCGAAUAAAACAAUUAAUACAAAUUUUCUUUUAUU